UCAAGCCUGGCUGGCGACGUCUGUGCUCAUACCACUUCAUCGUCGAUCCUGCGGGUUCGCUCAUGCUGUGCGUGUACUGUUAUCACUGAUUUAGGAGGGCGCCUGAGCCUGUCGGCCGUCAGGUAACGAGCUUCCUACUUGUCUGAAAUGGGAAGCUUCCUGUCAGUGUCAGUCCACCACCAGAGUAAGGACAAGCGCCCCCGCCGCUCGAGACGUUUGUCAAAACCACCUCCGAAACAAGCAACCGUGGAACCAGUGACCUCCGUAUCUCAUCAAAAUCAGCCUUCCGUUGAUGGUUCGUCUGUGUGCUUGCAUCCCGCAGUUGCAUGGCAAAACCCAUGGACAGGGGCAUCCAUACCCAUCAACACGACUAAUUCGGGUUCGAGCGGACGAAGAUCACAUUCCCUCCCUUCUGUGACUUCUCAUCCUGGAACGCCGUUGCUUACCGUCAAUGCACCCCGAAAAUGCCAGGUUAUAGCCAGGGAGCCACAGGGCAUGGCUUUGCGCUCGCCCACUGUCUCUACUGUGGGAUCCUCUGCUGUGGAUAGACGAGCAUCUCUCCAGCUUUCCAGACAAGGUACCGUUCGGUCCGCAGCCUUUCGAGCCUCUCCACAAUCACCAAUUGACAAGUACCCCAAGCGAUCCUAUUCGACCACUUCGCCACCUCAAAGAACGCACAAUGCUAUUAACCGCAGUACUAUCGAAGAAGCGAAGUCUUCUAACACGCACUUCAUCGUCGAUAGUCAAGGGUUCUCCCUGAUCCGCCGACGGUCUCUAUUGACGCGGCCUGGGGUUGCGACACGACGAUCGACAAGAGACUCAGCUCGCAGACAGCCUCCGAUGAUUGAUCAGGAGAAUGGCCAUUCAACCAACAUCUCACAUGUGUCAUAUCAAGCGCGCGAACAAUUCGCAUCUCACAACGAAGAGAGCACGACGAGACCUGAUAUCAUAUCGGAGCAGUUACGCCCUCCUACACCGAAUGAACUCGAGUACACCCAUCUAGGAGCACUGAAACUAGGAUCAUUGCGCGUCGUGAAUGGCUCCACAUCUCCAUGUCCCAGUGAUAGGGCUAGGCUUAAAUGCCCCGAAGGUCCGCCAACUAACCUUCACCCAGGAUGUGUACCUGGCGAGGAUUCCAUCAAGCUUGGGCGAUCAGAUUUGCGACGCAUUAAGACUCAGGUUUCCGCGAAGUAUGAUGAGCAACCUUACUUGUUACCUCAGCGAACCAUCAUUAAUUCAGAAGAUAUGAUUGUCUCCGAACCCUCUUUACGGUUUACUGGGGGUGAGUUGGCGACCACCCAGGCCCAUGUACAGAGUCUUGCCAGACGCAGUUCAGCUACGUACUCCUUACAGAUCCCUAAUAGUGCCGAUUAUCCAGAGAACGAGGAUUUCCCAAGAAGUCCAUUUUCAUUUGAGCGAUCGCCCACUGUUCCAGACCUACUGAGGUCGUGUAUCUCAGCAACGAACGUGCAAGGCGGCUCUGUGCCCCCCAGUGAUGGAAUAGAUGGUUUGUCAUCGCAGGGUUACUCAAGGUUGAGUAAGCACAGAAGGUCUCGGUAUUCUCACCAUAUGGCUGAUAGCGGACAUACUUCCGCUACCUCUGUCCAUUCCUGUCUAAAUGAUCAAGCUAUGAGGUCAUCGCCUUCCCGAGUGCUUGUGGCGCCUGAUACUCCGUCGUUUAGUCCAACGUCUGGAAAUAGGGCAAGAAACGCCGAAUCCUUAAGAUCUACAACACUGCCGGCUUCAGAAAAGCAGCUUCGCAUGCAUCGACAAUUGAGUCCCCAGGCUUCUUCUAGCAGUCGCCACGAACUUGAGGUUCCUGACCAGCCAGCUUUUGUGUCUUCUAUGUGUCACGAGUUGCAACAACGACGUCAUUAUAGGCGUGCCAGGAGUACAUCACUUACAGUCUCGUGUGAUCCUGAUCGUUUAGUGUCAUAUCCACAAUACUGUGGUCAGCUGCGGAGCUAUGAAGGCGUCUCUUCCAAUUUCAAUGGUACUGGCUCAGCGCAGCGAUUGAAGACGAAUAUACCACGAUCGUCUGAUAUUAUACCUCAGCAGAAUGGGCAUAGGAACUUUUCGCCUGAUCCUGGCAUGAGCAAUGAUAAUAUUCGUGACUCUCUUCUAUUCAAUCGGAAGGGGACCAUGUCUCAUCAGGACAUUGACUCUUACUUCGCGUUGCGCUUGCCUGCUGGGGUUGUAGGCAGCCAUAUGCAUUACAAGAAGAGUAGGCCAUGCCCAUCCUUGUCUGAAGACAGCUUGACAUCAGCUUCUCAAAUCGGUGCAACAAGUGAUUGUGGGACCCUGAGUGGCGGCAGCAGCAGUAGCAGAAGCAGCACGCAUAGCGAUUUCUGGCUUUCCAAAGCGACCACUGGCACAUAUCAUUUGCCAAUUUCGGAAGAGAAGUUGAAACCAUGUGGAGGGAGCAUGAUCCCAGAAUUUCCGCGGGGUCGAACCCGAAGUCGAACCAUCGAGCAUCAGGGGCGCCGACUGACGAGGCAUUUAUAACGUCUACGGCCUUCUAGGUUGUCGAUGUCCAGCCACCAUGAUGACCUCCUUAAUGUCAUACAGUUUUAAC